AUGGUUAAUAGCCUCGAGUUUGUGCCCAUACCCCGCGACCGGCUCCCUCCGGCUGCCCGAAUGGGCUUGGGCCUGCGCUGCACUCCACCCGGGCCCGAGACGGCGUCAUUCUUCGGGUUCUUAGCCCGACUUAGGCCCGAGAGGCUCCAAGGCAACCUAGCGAUGGGUGAACCAAUCCGCGACAAACCUCUGCACGGGGAUCAGAUCCCCGCCGCGCACCUCCAGCCGCCGGUCGCCGUUGUGGGGAUGGGAUGCCGUCUACCUGGCAACAGCAACUCACCACAAGCCCUCUGGCAGUUCAUCUCCAACGGCUCAGUCGCCGACAACGUCCCGCCGACCAGUCGCUUCAGGUACGCGACGCACUAUGACGGCUCCGGACGCGCGGGGACGACGCCGUCCCCGGGCGCCAUGUUCCUCGGGGACGAGGUCGACAUCGCGGCGUUUGACGCGGCCUUCUUCAACACGAGCCACCACGAGGCUGGGGGCAUAGAUCCUCAACAGCGGCAGCUUUUGGAGGUCAUUUACGAAUGCCUUGAGAACAGCGGCGAGACACUUGAAAGAAUUCGAGGCGCCAAUGUUGGCUGCCUUGUCGCCAACAAUGGCUGUGAGUACGAGAGCGGUACUACGCGCGAUCCUGAGGACCAGAUUCCAGGGCGAAGCACUGGAUGCGGCCGCUCUAUCCUUGCGAACAGGGUCUCUCACUUUCUAGACAUCACAGGACCCAGAUGCCACACCUUUGACGCCAAAGCCGACGGCUACAUGAGGGCCGAAGGUGUCAACACCGUGUACCUGAAGCGCCUCGACGAUGCGAUCCGCGAUGGAGAUCCUAUCCGCGCCGUCAUUCGCGGCAGUGCCACGACAGGCGACGGCCGAACGCCGAGCCUCACACAGCCUAAUCCGGAAGCGCAGGCAAACGCGGUACGUGCCGCGUAUAGAAACGCGGGCAUCACCGACUUCAGCGCGACCGGCUAUGUGGAGUGUCACGGUACAGGCACUCUGGCUGGCGACCCGCUCGAGAUCACGGGUCUCGCUUCGGCCUUUGCUUCAACGCGUCCUGUUGACCAGCCGCUCAUCAUCGGGGCUAUCAAGAGCAACAUUGGGCAUUCUGAAUGUGCGGCCGGCUUGUCUGGACUCAUCAAGGCGGUCAUGGCUGUGGAGCGCGGCGUCAUUCCUGGAAACCCGACGUUCAUCACCCCGAAUCCCAAGAUUGAUUUUGAAGGAUCGGGAGUCCGAGCUUCCCGCACAGCCAUGCCGUGGCCGAGCUAUGCGGCUGUGCCACGCCGUGCCAGUGUCAACUCCUUUGGGUUCGGUGGAUCGAAUGCGCAUGUUGUUCUUGAAGCAGCGGAAACUUUCAUUCGAGAUGAGGGCUACCGCAAGACGUUCAAGACGGUACAAGACCAACCCAAACCAUACACAAGCAAUCAGAACGUACCGCGGAAAGGCAGGCUUCGUAUCUUGACGUUCUCUGCAAAUGACAGGGAAACGUUGCCGAGAAAUGUAAGGGCCAUCUCGGACCAUUUGAGAGAUCCAUACGUCAAUGCCCAGGUCGACGAUGUCGCAUAUACACUCUCUGACCGUCGAACGCACCACUUUCAUCGCGGAUUCGUCGUUGCCGACUCACUAGAUUUUGAACACAGUAAAAUCAUCACCGGCAAGCGAAAGGCGCAACCCCCUCGAAUCGGCUUCGUAUUCACCGGGCAAGGCGCCCAAUGGUCUCAAAUGGGCAAGGGUCUGAUCGAAAACAUACCUCUGGCACGCAGCGUCAUUGAUGACCUCGACUCGGCUCUGCAGGCAUUACCGAAUGCUCCCCGAUGGACCUUGCUGGCCGAGCUGACCGAAAUGAGAGAUACAGCGACGCUUCGUUGCCCGGAGUUCUCUCAGCCUCUAGUCACCGCUUUGCAAAUCGCCCUGCUUGCUGUUUUGCAAGACUGGGGCAUCGUGGGGCACAAGGUCUUGGGCCAUUCAUCUGGCGAAAUUGCUGCCGCCGUCGCCGCCAAUCUCAUCACACCUGCGGAAGCAAUCAAGACGGCCUACCUCCGUGGGCAAGCCGCAAAGAGGCAGUCUUCUGAAGAGAACCUGGGAAUGAUGGCAGUAGGCGUCUCUGCGUCAGCUAUUGAGAGAUAUCUAAGAUCUGACGUCCACGUUGCGUGUUUCAACAGUCCCAUGAGUCUGACGUUGUCUGGCCACGUAUCCAAUCUCGAAUCUAUUCGCAAAGACCUUCAAAACGACGGGCAUUUUGCACGUCUACUUCAGGUUGAUCUGGCCUAUCACUCCACCUUCAUGCGUGAAAUUGCCAACGACUAUCACAAGAUGCUCCAGGAGCACUGCCCUUCGUCUGGCAAGCAUCUGAGAGGCAACUCAAUGCUCUCCUCUGUUACAGGACAUGCCAUGUCCUCGCAGAUAGGACCUGAGUACUGGAAAGCCAACAUGGUCAAUCCUGUGCGGUUUGCGGCGCCCGCAGCGGAAAUGCUCUCCGGGCCUGACGCAUGCGACUUCAUCAUCGAAGUCGGCCCUUCUGGGGCGCUUGCCGGUCCUCUAUCGCAGAUCAUCAAGUCACUGCCCGGUGGUGGGAAGAAUAUCCAGUAUGCCGCAGCCGCCAGCCGAGGAUCGGAGACUCUGGCUGCUCUAUUCGAAGUAGCAGGAAAGGUCUGGACGAGAGGCGGCCCUGUUAAACUGGCUAAAGUUAACGCGUACGACCGCCCUUCCAUCCUUGUUGACCUGCCAAACUAUCAAUGGAACCACUCGAGGCGGUACUGGCGAGAGGGACUCUCGACGGAGGAGUACCGCCAUCGGCCGUUCAUAUCACACGAGCUCCUCGGGUCCAAAGUUCUUUCCACUAGUUGGCAGUUUCCCACAUGGGCCAAAGUCAUCCAUCUGUCGGAUUUGCCGUGGCUAAGGGACCAUCGCGUCAAUGGCGAAGUCAUCUUCCCGACUGGAGCAUACGUUGCCAUGGCGGCUGAGGCCAUCCGCCAGUCGAGUACCAUGACGAGAUACUCAAGCGGUAUGCAGCCCAAGUCUUUUGCCUACAGGAUGAAGGACGUCAAUGUUCUUGAGCGUCUCGUUCUCGAAGAAGCGGAAGGCUCAAGAAUAAGGCUGAUUCUCUCUCCUGUUCAUGAUUCGGCAGAGCAGUGGCAUACUUUCACUAUCCAGUCCUACUGUGAGAUGGAUUGGGUUAAUAAUUGCACCGGGUACAUCAGGAUCGACGAAAAGUUUGCAGGCGAGCCUUCAUUCCCACGGGGAGUUAUGCCGUUGCGCUAUUCUGAGCCUGGAAAGAGAUGCUACAAAAGACUGGCCUCUUUGGGGUGCGACUAUGGCGCUCACUACCAACAGAUCAAACGAUUCCAAGCUGCUCCACCCGAGAAGUAUAGCCGAGGGGUGCUGGAAACCGAGUCGCCAGAGCACCAUUCAUCGUACCCCAUUCAUCCAGUGACCAUUGAUGGGUUCCUCCAGCUUUGUGGUCUCUCCCUUCAACAGAGCUUAACGACAGCCGGGGAGAGCGUCAGCAUGUUGCCCAACCGUAUCGGAAGUCUUAUAAUACCAGCAAACGAGCUCAUUGAGUCGACGUGUAUUGGUUUUGAACGCCCUCAGUACGUUGGCUAUGGACCAAAAAGCUCAAGAGCCAAUUUUACUGUGUCUGGAGGCCUGAUACACCCGGAAAGCGGCCGCCUGCUUCUCGAUAUGAGCGGCGUGUGCUUUGAUGUUUUCACGCCCCAGGAGGACUGCUUCACAAAACACACAUACACUCGCUAUAAAUGGGAUGUCGAUAUAUCAUUGGCAACCGCUGAGGGCUUGAAUAACAUGCUGUUGAGCCACAGCCCUUCUCCAACCUCGAAAGACGGAUUGCAGAGACUAUUUGAUCUCAUCAGUCACCAAACGCCUGAUGCUUCAAUCAUCGAGGUAAACAUGGACGAUCAAAGCUCAUCAUGCAGGUGGCUUGGUACUCAGCCGAACAGGCCUCAUGCCGCGUACACCCGCUUUACAGGCAGCGAGGCUGUGUUGGCUAUGAUGCAGGGUAGAUACGCCAACUGUGUCAACACAGAGUUUCAGGCUCUCGCGGCUCUUACCCGCAGCGAUGCUCUUCGAGGGAACAACGACUUUGCCAUUCUGACGGCCACUGCAAACAGAGUUAAGGAGGUCCUUGAAGAAGCUGGCUGCUCCAGCAUUAAAGACCUGGCGCCAUCACUAUCCCGAGGAGCCAUUCUUGCCUCGCCGAAGCAGGUCGAGGGGUUCCGAAACCGAACAGACAUUACCUGCUUGCAUCUUGCCGCCGACAAGUCCCAUUCAGAGAGCAUACUGACUGGGCUUGAGAGUUCUGGAUGGAACCUACGAUCCACAAGCUCGACUGAAACGAUUCGACAAGGAACCCAUGUCCUAAUUCUUGACGAACUAUACACUACCAUCACUGCAACGAUUUCUCGUCAACAACUUUCAAUGAUUCAAGAACUGAUCAAGAAAGAAUGCGAUAUCCUCUGGGUCACGACUGGGGCACAGAUGAACAUCACCAACCCAGAUCGAGCUGCCACAACAGGCUUUCUGCGCACACUCAGGAUGGAAGAGGUCCAUCUACGUAUCAUAGCUUUAGAUGUGGAAUAUCCUGGAGGUAACGAGACUAUUCCUGCUAUUGAGACAUGUCUCAGGUUAUUGGUCAACGCAGAUGGCAAAUUCAGGCGUGAAAGCGAAUUCGUUGAGCAACAAGGCCUGAUCCACACGCCUCGGCUCGCGGUCGACGACGAGUUUGAGGUGGCGAAGUUCGAUCAUCUGAAAGGUCGACAGCCUGAGAUGCUGCAUUUGCGAGGUGAUACUUGCCUGCAGCUUCCAAUGGACGUGGGUUCGAACACGUCACUCUGCAGAAAGGUGGAAUUUCCAUCGAUCCUGCAGCAAGAUCAGGUAGAGGUGGAAAUCUUUGCCACGGAGUUACCACCGAGAGUACAAUGCCUGCAAUCUACAGCGUGGUCAGGGGCAGCGGGGAUCAUUACGGCGCUUGGAAGCGAGGUUAUCGGCUUGAAGGUUGGGCAGCGAGUGGCCCUCAGUCAUGAUGGCAGUAUGCUGAACCGAGUUUACGUUGGAAUUUCUAACGAAGAUGGACAUACCUUGCUCCAGGACGAGGUCCCGAUACCACCCAGCCGAAUCAUAGCAUUUGACCGUGAGGGUUCAAGUGCCAACCCCCUUCAAUCGGCUGGAGAAGUCAUGUUUGACGUUGCUUUUGGCUCUUUCUCGGAGAUCCAUCUAGUUAUGGCGUGGAAACAUGUAGCUGAAGAUGGUACCCUUGUUUUGACCGAGCGGACCGAGAACUCGACGCAAGUCACACUUUCCUUGGAGCCUUUCACACGAGGGGCCUGUUUCAGGGUUCUGAACGCUCAAAAUAUACCGAAAGAUACCCUCAUCCUUAAUCAGCUAUUAACAGAAAAACUUGGGCUCUUAAGCGUGGACAGUAGCCUAUCGUCACUCUCUCCGAAAGUAUUUGGUUAUGAUCAAAUCGAAAACGCCGUGCGAUGGAUGAAAGCCGAAAAGUUCGCGCGGGCGAUCCUAUCUCGCAUUCCGGGCCAGGACGUCAUGGUCCAAAUACAACCAGACCCCCGGAGCAUCAAAUUCGCGGAACAUGCAUGCUACCUCCUGAUAGGCGGCCUCAGGGGCCUUUGUGGGAGCAUUGCUAUUGAUUGGGCGAGACUCGGAGCGAAGCAUCUUGCCGUAAUGUCGCGCAGCGGCUACGAUGACGAGACCUCGCAAAGGGUCUUGCGAGAGGUCGAGGGUAUGGGCUGCCAUAUUGAUCUUCUACAAGGGGAUAUAACCAUACUGGAUGAUGUCCGGCGGGUUCUCUCUGAAACGAGCGUUCCAAUUCGCGGUAUCUUACAGGGCUCGAUGGUCCUUCGAGACCGACCUUUUCCGGCCAUGACUAUCGAAGAGUUUCACCAAGCAGCAGGAUGCAAAAUCACGGGGACCUGGAACAUUCACAACGCAUCACAGGACUUGGGCCUCGAUCUGGACUUCUUUACCCUCCUCUCAAGCAUUGCUAGCGUUCUAGGAGGGAUGGCACAAGCCAACUACGCUGCAGGUUGCUCGUUCCUUGAUGCGUUUGCUGCCUACCGCCGGGGCCUCGGCCUUCCAGCGUUCAGCGUCAACCUUGGCAUCAUCGGCGAGGUAGGCUACAUGUCACGGGAUGAGGCAUUGCUCGAAAGGCAUAUCGGAUCCGUUACAACCAGUAUCGACGAAGACUUGAUGAGACAAAUCAUACGAUACACUCUUCUCCAGCAGAGCGAAGAACCAGUCAGCCACUCGGCCACGUCAAACAUUGUCACAGGCAUCGCGGUACCGCAGUCCGGCGACUCCUACCUCCGCUUGGACAAGCGGUUUUCGCACCUCUUCGUAGGUGGCGACGCUCAACCUUGGGAGACCGAAGGCGGCGCGACAAGGGAUACCGCCCAUCAGGCCAGGGAGCUCAAGGCCCUGCUUGCGACGCAACCAAAAACAGCAGAUCGUGGGGUGGUGUUGGAACUCGCCAUUGCGGUGGUCAGCGAUUACAUUACACAUGCAAUGCACUUGAGCGAGCCUGUCGAGCCAGAACGAUCACUAGCUAUGUAUGGAAUCGAUUCAUUGGCGGCUGUGGCUUUCAGGAACUGGGCGAGAAUGGAGCUGGGCGCUGGGUUGUCUACAGGGGAUGUGACUACGGCGCCGUCGCUGGUCGCGCUAUGUGAGAGGAUAGUGGACGGCUACAAGGAGUAG